AACUUCAGCCUCAUCCCAACCAUCCCCAUUGAUCCCAGGCAUCCUGGCACCCAGCCCUCACCCUCUAACCCACCUGACCCUACUCCCUUCCAGAGCUGGGAGAGAACCCAGGAGUCCGGGCUCUCAGCCCCUAACCCACACCGCAGUUCCAUCCCACAGCCAGCAGAAAACCUGAGUCCCAGCCUGCUCCUCUAACCCACACAGCCUCACAGUCCCUUCUCUGAUCUGGGAGAGACUGCAGGAGUCUGGGCUCCCGCUACCCCCAGGAGGAAGGGGGAUUGUAGAGCAAAGGGUUCUAGAUCCAGCCCCAGGGUUCCAGUCCUUUGUGCAGCCGCCUGACCAGUGGCACUGGCCCAGCACCAGGGUCAGAGGGCGGGAGAGCUGGGGCAGCUGCCCCUCCGCCACACGAGGGUGUGGCCCGGCAUGGGAAAGCCCCCCUGGGGGCACAGCACCUCCACCACCCCCACAGCCCACAGGCUCUAGCCCACCCUGGAGGGGAAGCCCCACGCUGCACUGUGCACCCGCCCUGGGGGGCUGCAGCAGUGCCUGGCACGCGGGGAGUAUGGGCCCCUGCACCACUGCCCCCUCUUCGAGAGCAACUUCCUCCAGGUGACCAAGCGGGGGGACCUGGCCAACAGGGUGACCAUGGGCAUUGCUGCCACCAGCCCUAGGCUGGAGCUGCCUGACCUCCUGCUGCUGGCACGGCCUGUGGUGGGCCCCGGCUUGGCGCCUUGCCGCUGUCGCUGUGCCCUGGGGCUGCCGCCAGAAGGGGAGGAGCUGGAGCUCUUUGGGAUGCUGCCCCUGCAGUUCGUCCACCUCUCCAUCCACAGUGAGGACCGGUACCAGCUCAAGGUGCGCUUGGCCUCCGGCCGGACCUUCUACCUGCAGCUGCUGGCUCCACUGGCCCAGCUGGAGCAGAUCUUCAGCCAGUGGGUGCGGCUACUCUACCGUCUGCGCUACCAGUGUCCUGGGGCAGUGCCGAGGGCUAAAGGGACCCGUGACAUUCCAGUACCUCAGGGAAAAGGAAGAGGGGGGCGCAAAGCAGAACCAGCCCCCUCCAAAUUGAAGCCCUCUGAGAAGCCAGCUGCACAGGCCUCCAAGCUGAGCAGAGCUUCCAAGCUGAGCAGAGCUUCCAUAGUGAGCAGAGCCUCCACUGUUUCCCUACCAUCAGAACCUGACUCCAGUGACCAGAGCUUUCUGUCUGAGAAGGAAAAGUCCUAGAGAAGCUGCACCAUCCCCCACAGACCAGCGGGGAGCCCUUCAAUAAAGUCCCAUGAUGGAACUGUA